CCGCUUCCUCAGAGUCAGCUGAUCGGAGCGGGUGACUGUAGUCGGUCUGGUCUGAGUCUGAGAGAAAAGCCUUUAAAUGUAUAAAUGACGGUAACUUAAAGUGUAUCUUUCCGCUCAGCGCUGAGAGUCAGUUCGGUAUAUCGGAACACUGCGGGGUAUUUACUGAGAAAUGGCUGGAGCUUCGUGCUGUGGACCGAAGCUCGCGGCGUGCGGGCUGGUUCUGAGUGUUUGGGCUGUUAUCAUGCUGGCAUUGCUGGGGAUUUUCUUCACCACUCAUUCAGCCACUCUGUUUGAGGAUGUGCCAAUCCCGGAGGAGUACAUGCACAACAAGCAAAACCCACUCCAGAAUGUUUACGAUAUUUACAACAAAGUCGGCUACAACUGCUUCAUCGCUGCAGGAAUCUAUGUGGUGAUUGGAAUCGUGUCUUUCUAUAAUGUCCGAAUGAAUAAACGCAAUGAAUAUCUUGUGCGUUAACACCAUGUAAUGGAUUAAGCACAACCCUAGGCCUAAUGAAAGUGACCUUAUUGUAUUGUCCAUUUUUGGUGCAUUUCAUUAUGGAUGCAUAUACUCAUGCUAUAAUAAUGCUGGAGGUAAUUAUUUAAGGUGUAAUCAGACCCUAAGGAUCAAGUUUUCUCUGUGCCUGUUUGUCUCUGCAAAAGAUCUUUUAAAGCUGCACUGUGUAAGAAAAAAA